AUGAAGGUUCAAGCUGUGAAUUAUUUUCUGGAUAUUGGGCCAUUGCUGUGCCAGUCAUCACCCAGAUGUGGUGCACAGAUUUGUAACCCCCUUGAGCGGUACUGUGACAGUGACAUCAUCCUGCCCCUGAAUGGCACUGGCCUGUGUGGCCCUGGGUGUAUCUACUGGCCCUGCUUUCAACAUUGCUGCCUGCAGUCCUCCACUCCCAAGAAUCAGGGGAUUGUUAGCUUCAAGGUCCCAGUCAUGAAGCCCAAAUGUAGAUCCUCCCCCAUCUCCACAAUCUGUGGCCAGUGA